CAACAGUCGAUGGCCCAUAAAAAGACUACUAAAGUGCCUAUAAAGGAUAUAUCUCAAUGUUGCCGAUGUAAGCGGCUGCGUGACGGACCUAGCUAUCGUUUGUUGUGAAAAUAAAAUCUUGUACGAACUACUGCUGUUGGGCCCGUGGGGCCUCGUCACGGUCUUACGAUGAUGUCAAAUAUAGGAAGUCCGACAACUUCGAUGACGGCGGGUUUAGUGGCAAAUGAUGCUAAUGGAGACCUAUUAGUUCCGCGACAUCCGUUCGUCGUACUUGCACACGUCUUGCCCAAGGCUGCGUGCGUAUUCUAUUACUUGUUCUGCAAUUUCUUCAACGAUUCAUUCGUCAGCAACUUCGUCCUGCUGCUGUUUCUGAUCACAUCGGAUUUCUGGAUCACGAAAAACAUCUCUGGUCGGCUCCUGGUUGGUUUACGGUGGUGGAGCAUCGUUGAUCCGGCCACAGGUGACUCGCAAUGGGUGUUCGAGAAGGCGUCCGAGGCUCGCCCAAUUGACAAGGGUGAGGCUGGCAUAUUCUGGACGGCUCUGUUAGCUAUGCCUGCUGUGUGGGGUUUUUUCGCGUUCACCGCCUUUCUAACAUUCAGCUUUCAAUGGCUAACGGUCAUUGUGGUGGCCAUAUCGUUGAACACAUCGAACGCUUACGGAUAUAUCCGAUGUCGACUUGGCUCGGAUAAAAGCAUCAAAAGAGCAGCGUCUUCGUGGCUCGGAAUGCAGAUGUUCAAGAGCAUGUUCCGCAGAAGUGCACAACCAGCUGCGGCUCCACCAGCAUAUAACACACCUUCAGGAGGCUCGAACAUCUAAACCACUACAGUAUUACUGUAAUCCACUAACAUUCGUAAUAAGAUGGGGCUAGAUCAUGGGGGAAUUUGGGGAGCGGUGCGAUUUCAGUAGUGAUCCUAUUUCAAAGGAAUGGAACUGGUCAUCUGCCAGCUGCUCUGCAACAUUUACUAGUGGUCUGUAGAUCUGCAAGAUAAAGCGAGAUAACAAGGAAAGGCGGUUGCAGAGACCUAACAAUACCUCGUCCUAGUCAGGGGAUCGAUGAUUUUACACACAUUAGAAAAUUGAUGUGUUAUGGCAGUAGAUUCAGGGCAAUACAAGCCCUGACCGCGUAUUCGACUUUUAAAGCGAGAUAUAGUCUGUCUAAUAAUAACGAUGCACCAUAACCAGUCUGAAUGGCAAAAGAAGAUGUGUUAAAACAUGCUUCCUGUAUACGAAAGUGACUUAAACAUGAAACUUGUAACCGUGUACAUCAUCCAAGAUUAUGUAGGCUAUAAACAUCGUCGGCUAGUCUUGGCCAAUUUUUCUAUUAUUUAAGAGUGUCAGGUACCGACUGGGGAAGACUGAGUAAAAAUCAUUAACAGUAUAUAUGACAAUCUGUACGUGUAUAAAAUCUGAACCAUCUGAAAACUGUUUGCAUAUAUAUAUAUAUCUGUAUUUAGUCGUUGUGUGGUGCGACGAACGUAGGAAUGUGCGGGGAUCGUCUUGCCAGUCGUCAUGAUCAAUAGCGCGUGACGACGACGCAGGUCGCGGCCGGCAAUGAUAAAAUAUCCAGUUAUUCGGUUACCUAUACCGAUUUUUCAGUCCCAAACAAACUCGCGCGGGUAGCAAAGCAUAAUCAAACAACAAUGAUACAGUCGAGUGGUCGAAGUCUGCUAAAUAAAAUCAAUUGUGAAUAGCGCAACGUGUUUUAUUCUGUAGAAGUGAUGAAACUACUUGUAGAUCAUCUCGGUAUAGACUAACCACGUUUGCUUCGAACAAUUACGUGUAUGUUAGCGGGCUUACGUCUUGAAACUGAGCUAAAUUUCAUCGACUUGUCAGCUCCAUACUGACGCAAGCUCAUGGAUUGCGCACUCAUGCUACCUGCUUAGGUUUGAUUAUUAAUUAAAACCUUUUCCCAUUUUGUUAUCGAGUGGCUUGGAUAAGCCCAGUUGAGAGAACCGGAGACCUUUCUCAAUGUAAAAAUAUUUAUACAUCUAUACAUACAGAAAAAUGCAGCCAUGUUUCGCUCAGUAAGGAGUUGAGAUAAUAAUAUGUGCAACAAUACGUUUUAAGACGAGAGUAGUAUCUUUUGUGUGAAUUGUUGUCUGUCACUUUUCAGCUUACAGAAUAGAAUGGCUUUCCGUUUAAUUACACACAUAAGGAUUUCAGUUUAAUGCGGUUGGUCCGUACGUUUCUUCAAGGACAGAAUAUCAUCGAGGGGAAUAGCUGCGACUGCUCAAGGUAACAUUUGCAUAAUUGAGCAACAGAACGUGUCGAAUUUUGAAACAUUUUUGAAAACUGAAAGAUACAAGUGAGAUAGCUUAACUUGCGUGGCCAUCUAAAACAUCGGCCACUUUUUGUAGAUUCCAAAGGGUGAAGUGAUGUCGGAGAGUUUGAUGAUGAAGGCGAAAGCAAAUUCUCGUCGGAGUCAUUGUUCAGACACAUUGAAUUACAUGGCUCGUCUCUGUGAGCGACGCCAGAUUGCCCCGACAAGACAUAAUGCUUUUCUCCAUUGUCACACUACUUGUGAGCCAACACACUUAUGAAAGGCCCGGAACUUAAACUGCAAUGCAGUGCAAACGUUGCAAUUUCUCUACUCGGCGCGUUCGAAAAGCGGCUAAAAAACUCCUGGUAAAUAGAAGAAUUACUUUAGAAACUCAAGUGAUAUGUUCGGAACGUAUUUGAUUUAAAAGUAUUCGAUAAAACAUAAUUGGAUUGUUAGAAUAUCUACUCGGGGGGCUUAAACGUUCUGCUCUUGAGAGCACCUCAUUGCUGUUCUCGUAGCACACUAGAAGAGACCCCAGGCCGCAUUCGAAACGCGAUCGUAAUCGUACACACAGCACAAUCAGCAAAUUAGCUUCGUUGAUGCGACUGCAUGAUAUGUAAGGAUGCAAGAUUUUGGAUAGUCGUAGACGUUUUGGGAUAUAUAUAGUAAAGUUCAGGAUUUGACAAUCAAAAUCCCGGUGUCUGGUGUGGACACGAAUCGUCAUUCAGAAAUAAAACCGCAAGCGUUCCCUCGUUAGACAAUGGUGGUGGAUGGAUGCAAACACAUAGAUGCAUAAAGGAGGUAAACGGUUAACAAUAGCAUAAGCCAAUAACAUACAAUAAUCAAAAUAAAAGACGUCGAAGUAUCAGCCGAAGUUUGGUAUCAUAUGCCAUAUAACAACAUUAAGAAGAUGCAUAAUAUAUUUGUAUAGAUUGCAUAUUCUAGAAUAUUGCGUGUGUCAGUUCUAUCUGGUUUCAGCCCAAAUCUAUAGCUUCCCUUGAUUAAUUCCAGCCGUUUCGUUGAAUUGUUUUCUCUAGCCGUAAAGCUUGACGAGGGAAGGCUUUUCUCGGUGCGUGGGUUUAAUGUGGGUUACAUUUAUAAAUCAGAGAAAAAUUAUUUUAAGUAUUAUAAGCAACUCUAAGUUAAUCCUUACCUUUUUUCAAUGGGGGGCAAACAUUGGACUGUUCUAAAAAAACGUACCACGGCGUCGCCUUUAAGGGAACGUUUAGUACAGGAGUGUCUCUUUGUUCCAGCUAUAAUGAUAGAUUAUUAUUAUUAUUGUUAUCGUCACCGCGUUCAUAGCGCCUUGCUUUAAUUGAAUUAAUUAGAUACGAUUUAUCACAAUAAAGUUCCCAUUUUUUCAUAAAACCAUUUCUCGGCCAAUAAUAUGUACGUUUAGCCGGCAUCGUACUUUAUAAGUGUGUUUUUAACCUGUACUUAUCCUGUUGAUCAGUUAAAAUUGUAAAAUUGGCAAAUUUAAUGUCCGGAUCACCGUGUUGUUCAUUUGUACUCUUUCAAAUAUGGCUUCAAGGAGAGACGAAUUCACCCGGAUGUCUAGCAGUAAACGUACAAGACGCGCAAAGGCAUUUCAUUUUUAUUUAUUCGCAAGAAAAAAGCCAAGCGAGACAAGAACCUUUGCUAAGAAAACUUGUACUCGCAUUUCCUUAAACCACUUCAGUGUCCAGCUUCGCGUCGGUCUCUAGUCCGUGUUGUAUGUUUAUCUGUUUAAUAUCUAUCGCUAUACGAUCAUUCGAAGUUUAAUGGGUUCCUGUAGUGUCAGAACGCAGCGCCACUGGCGGACGCCUCGGAAGGUAACCUGAGAGCCUUUUCCGUGGGUGAGAGCGCUUUCCCAGUGCGUGUUCGGCGAGUAAAUUAGACAAUGAACGAUGAAGCUCGCUCUUCAUCUUCAUUCGACCUGUGCAUCUCAAAUCGGAGCAUACGCCAGUUCAUGAGCGUUGUCACCCUGAUAGUAAUGCCCCACCCACUGCCAGCUAAUGAUUCUCAGCAGGAAUGAUUCGCAGCGCGCAACAAUGAUCGAUCGCGUUAGAAAAUUUCAACGCCCUAACUUCAGUCAGCGCGUCGGGCCAGGUCGUGGAACCUCAGCAGAUCAACUAGCAGCAGCGGCAGACCUGUCUAUGUGGACGAUUCGUGCGUUUGCAGACAUGUACUGCUUGAGUACCCUUAAGGAUGUCGUCUUAAUGUUCCUAAAUGAAAACACAGAUGGAAUUCGCUGUGUAUAUAGCACAGUAAAACACAUUCCAAAAAUAUGUCAGACAAACAGAUUGACAGACACCUAUAGGUACAUGCAACUAAACCUAUGAUUGUCAGAUUUUUCCCAAAAUAUUAUGUUUUUGCUAUAAAUAUUGAGUUGUUGAAAACGUA